AUGGCUUUCGGCUUCUCGAACCAAGGAAACGCCAUGCUUGGAAGCACGGCUGGAGGCGGAGGACUGAAUCAAGGCCCCGAGCUGGAGGUGAUCCAGACCGAGGCGCUUGGUUUCAAAUCGAUUGCCGGAGACGCGAAGCUCCGGCUGACGUCCGCAUGGUCCCCUGCACCCGCCGACACGGCCUCCCUCCUCAGCAUCGCUCCCCGCCGGGGACUCGUCGCCGCCGCCGGCCCCGAUGGUAUCACGAUCGCCUCGACCGAAUCUGUGCGCAAGGGUUUCGAAGCCGAUUCUAAGGAGAGCGACAGCUCCGAUGUCCGCGCCUUCCAGCCCCAGGUGAAGCUGCCCAUGCCCAUGAGGGUUUCGCAGCUCGCUUUCAGCGCCGACGAGAACUUCCUGAUUCUUUCUGCCGAAAGUGGUGGCGGUCUGGCCGUCUAUGAGACACAGAGCCUGCUGAACGGCGGUACUCAGGCGGCCUUCGAGCUUGCGACGAACGGGGAGACACUGAGGGCGCUAGUACCGAACCCUACAGUCGAGAAGGCAGAAUUGGUUGCCAUUGUGACGAAUAACGGGAACCUGCACAUGGCAAACUUGAAGGAGAGGAAUAUCAGCAAUGCUCUCAAGGCGCAGGUCAGCUGCUUAAGCUGGAGUACCAAAGGAAAGCAGCUUGUCGCAGGCUUGGCAGAUGGUACUAUCUUUCAAAUGACCCCCGAGGGCGAGGAAAAGGGGCAGAUCCCACGACCGCCCAGCGUAGAAAACGCUCACGUGUCUUCUCUGAGUUGGCUGGAAAAUCACCUCUUCCUGGCCAUCCAUACCUCAACAAAAGAAUCUCCUCCGACAUCAGUAUACCACAUAAUCACCAGAAAGCUCCCGUCAGACUUCACAUUUCAGAAGCUCACAGACCCCGUCGACCCCUUUGGCGCAGAGAACACUCCUCAUCACUCAAUAUUACGACUGAAAGACUUCCCUCCUAACCUUACGGAUCUAUUGAUUGUCGCGUCCACAGCAUCCCCUGACAUCGGCCUUCUCAGCAGAUCGAAGACGCCGCUGUCUCCGGAUAAGCCAGCAGACACUAUCUCCAAUGUUUUCACAACAACAGAGCUUCUCGACGACUCUAAGCGUGCGUCUCUCCCUAUGACGGAAGACUUCCAGAACACAGUCCCGAUUGGCGUUGCCCUCGACCUGUCGAGCAAAGAGAAGGUCUACAAGCCUCUGCCUGCGGACGAGGAGCUCGAGGACUCACCGGGGCCUCUGCCGGGCUUCUGGGUCUUGAACCAUGAGGGUGUUUUGAGCUCAUGGUGGAUCGUGUACGAGGACUCCAUCAGAGGAGGCACAACUUACCCUGGCAUGGCUGUGCUUGACACGUCUGCUCCAGCGCCUGCUCCUACACCCUCGGCGCCUGCAGCAGCUGCGUCACCUUUCGGCGCACCCUCUCAGCCAUCAGCGUUCGGCUCUUCUGCGAGCUCGACGCCAGCAUUCGGUGCCCCCUCUGCUUUGGGCGGUGGCCAAAAGCCGGCAAACCCUUUCGGCAGCGGCGGAUCCACCCCUGCGUUUGGCGGCAGCUCUGCGCUAGGAGCCAAGAGCUCACCAUGGGGCACAUCAAAUGCCUUGGGAUCUGCAACCGGCACCUCGUCAACAGUAUCAACGUUUGGAAGCACCGCGUUUGGUGGCAACACAUCUGCUGCUUCGCCUUUCGGCCAAACUUCCACUCCGAAGUCGACGUUCGGGAGCGGCGGUGCAUUCGGCAGUGGCAGCGCCUUGGGCAGCACUCCUGCUGCCGCUACCUCUAGCCCAGCUUUCGGUCAGCCUUCAUCUUUUGGGCAGUCCUCGGCCCUUGGUGGAAAUAAGUCUCCCUGGGCAGCUGCAGGUUCAGGCUCAGCCACUGCAGGGUCGACAUUCGGACAGCCAAGCACCUUCGGCUCUGGAAACAAGAGUGUGUUUGGUAGCGGCUCGAUACCGACAACCGCGGCUACUCCUUCACCAGGGGGUGGUUUCGCAGGGUUUGCAUCGUCUGGCGGCUUUGGUUCGCUUGGAAACAAGAACGCCAACGAAGGCGGUAGCGUGUUUGGAAGCAAACCCUCCUCAAGCCCUUUUGCUUCGGGCCAGUCGCCUUUCUCAUCCACCAAAGAUACUGCGUUUCCACCACCCAGCCAGAAGCCCAGCAGUGGGGCUGGAGUCAAUCCUUUCGCCGGUCAGCCCUUCAAGUUGGAAAGCAGUUUCAAGCCUGAUCCUUCUGCAAAGGACGAUGACGAUGACGAAAAGCCUGCUACCAGUGGCGGAUCCUCGUUCUUCGGCGGCGGCUUCAGCUCGGCCCUUGGAGAUGCUAAGACGCAGACAACACCUACUAAGGAGCAGAGCAUGGACACAACGGAAGAGACACCCAAGCCCAAAUCAGUUUUCGAUUUGCCCUCCACGACACCCAAGGAGACACCUGCUCCUAACAAGGGACUGUUCGGACUCGGGACUGCGCCGCAAAAUGGCCGAAGUCUGUUUUCCAAGCCCUCGCCAAAGUCCUCGUCGUCAGGCUUCAAGCUGGAGCCCCAGAGUAAGACUCCCACGGAUGCUCCCUUGCCACCCGACUCAACGAGCAGGGUUGAGUAUCCUCUGGGAGAGUCGUCUUCGUCCUCAGGCGGGGCAAGUAAGGCUUCCCCGAAGGCAGGCGAUGCUCCUCUUCCCCCUGACUUUCUCACGACGCCAAAAGCAUCUCAGACGAAGGCUGUCGAUGACCCGCUUCCUCCCGAUUUCCUUAAGCCUAAGCAAUCGACGAAGUCAUCAGAUGCCGCACCAUUGCCCCCUGACUUCAUCACCCCCAAACCUAGUAAGGCUGUGCCAUCGACUACACCUCCGACAGCACUGCCAUUACCCGCGGAGGAGAAGCCGAAGCAGACGGCGCCAGCGGCUGCCCCCGACUUCCUCAAGAUGCCCAAGCAGUCUCUCACACAAGCAACCUGGUCAUCCACGCCCGUCAGUGAGACGCCCGCUAAGGAGCCAGAAGACGCUCCCCUGCCACCCGAUUUUAUCACCAAACCCAAGACGAACGACCUCCCGGCCAUCCCAACUGUCCCGGAUAGCGACCACGACAGCGAUCUGGAGGAGGACGAAGAAGGUUCCGAGGGUAGUGGAGUCGACGUCGCAAAGGAUCUUAGCCCGUCCAUUGUGGCCAUGACUCCCAAUGCAGGUCUGACUCCUCAAAGCUCUUUCGGUGGUGUUAGCAGUAGCACUUACUCAAUUCCGCGCACAGAGGAAGAGAGACCACGACAUUCGCUAUUCGGCAACAAUGUGCCCACACUCCCUCGUCCUUCGCAAACGAGCCCACGAUCUCCCAGCCCUGUCAGGGCCGCUAUUCCGGGACGCCUGCGUCAAGAGUCAGCUCGCUCGGUUAGUGCCCCUGGCAUGGCUUCUCAAAUUCUCGGCGCCCAGAGAAAGCAGCCUUCCCAGAUGGGCAUGUCCAUAGUCGGUUCUAAGCCCACAAUGGAGGACCCGUUCGUUGCGCAGCAGAGGUUGGCGCGCCAGAGGAGACAAGCUGAGGAGACGCGAACUUUGGAGGACGAGGAGGACGAUGAGAUUCAGAAGAUUCUUGCAUCCAAGAUCGAGCCCAGUCUCAAGCUGGACGACUUCAUCGCGCACUCCAACGUGGUGCCGUCAGCAAAGGAAACCAUCCCCGCGCAAGUCGAAGCCGUCUAUCGUGACAUCAACUCCAUGAUUGACACUCUUGGUCUGAACGCUCGAUCGUUGGCAAGCUUCAUCGUAGGACACGAUGUUGGCUUCAAGCAGGGUGGUCGUCGCAAGGAAGACCUUGAAAACCCCGAAGACUGGGUCUUGUCUGAGAUCGACGAGCUCGGCGAGGUCAUCGACAGAUCUCUCGCCCGGGACCUAGAAUAUGGCCGUGUUCAAGAUGUAGAAGAGAAGCUGGAGGCUUGCAACGAACUUGCGCGUGAGAUGUCCCGCCUGCGGUCGAAGCAGGACGACCUCAAGAAGAUUAUGAUGGUCAGACUCGAUCCCGACCAGGCCGACAUCAGUCGCUCCUUACCUUUGAGCGCCGAACAAGCUGCUCAGCAGAACGAGUUGCGUCGUGAGUACGCCAACUUCUCCAAACUCCUCGCCGAGGUGGAGGAAGCCUUGACGCUUCUUAAGACCAAGCUCGCAUCAGUAAGCAGUGCGUCUGGCAAGGGCAACUCCAAUGUCCCCACUGUCGAGGCCGUUAUGCGCACCAUCAACAAGAUGACCAGCAUGGUCGAGAAGCGAUCUGGCGACAUUGACGUUCUCGAGAACCAGAUGCGGAAGCUGCGCUUCUCGUCGGUUAACAGCCGCGAGGGCUCUCCGAUGGCCACCCCUCAGAGGAACAGCAGGUCGCUCAUUUUCUCCCCCGAGCGUAUGGCCACGGCGUCACCUGGCACUCUCCGCAACUCCCUCGUAUCCUCGGUCGCUUCGUACGGCGUUCGUGGCACGCCUCCCCGCAAGAAGCUGUCUGGCCUCAGCCAAGAUGAGAAGUCAGAACUGAUGGCGAAACGGGCCAAGAGACAGGCCGUCUUGAACAAGCUCAAGGCAAAUGUCGAGAGGGCCGGCGUGAGUGUGUGGACCCUAGAGGAUGCGGAGUAG